AUGUAUUGUUUCUUAUUUUUUGCGUCGGUAUUUUCAAAAGUGUGCGAUGAUGGAGAUAAUCUUGUCAUUGAAGAAGGUGUUACUGAUAUUAAAGAUUCGGAAUAUCAGGGUUAUAUAAACUUUCAAAGCAUUCAGUUCCCAGAAAGUCUUAUUUCUAUCGGAAAACUAGCAUUUGCAAAUUGUGAAAGUCUUAUACAACUGAAUUUUCCAACAAACUUACAACAAAUAGGCGAAAAAUGUUUUUUUAAUUGUUCAAAUCUUAAAACAAUUUCAUUCCCUAUUUCAUUGAAAGUUAUAGGUAAUUAUUCUUUUUUCAACUGCACUAAUAUUAUGACACUUUCAUUUCCUGCAAACUUAGAACGUAUUGAUGAUUCUUCAUUCGAAAAUUGCACUAAACUCACAUCAGUAAUUUUCAACUCUUCUUAUACAAUAAUUGGCAAAUCAGCAUUCCGCUAUUGUUUAAAUCUAGAAGAUGUUGUUUUACCAAAAUUCAUUGAAAUUAUCAAAGAAAAAACAUUCGAAAUGUGUAAAAAUCUCCAAUAUCUCAGAAAUUCACGAUAUAUACUAAUUGUUGAAGACAGAGCUUUUUCAUACUGUGAAAAGUUGAUAUAUUUUAACUUCAGAACAAUAUAUGAAAUAGGAGCAUAUUCAUUUCAAUGUAGUGGUAUUACAGAAAUAAAAUUUGGAUCUCGAUUGGAAUCGCUUGGAGAAUAUUGUUUUAUGUAUUGCUUUGAUAUUAUUAAAGUUGAGUUUGAUUUUUAUGAUAUUAGUCCUAGAUUAUCAACCGGAAUAUUUGCUGGAUGCGAAAAUUUAUAUACACUUGAUAUACGAAUUAAAAUUGCAGUUAUUCCAGAAGAAUUCGCUAUGUCAUGUAAAAAAUUAGUAUAUAUUCAAUUACCUGAAAAAUUAGUUGAAAUAUCAAAUUAUGCAUUUGCAGGUUGUCAGUCCCUAGAAAAUGUUUAUUUUGGCUCUCCAAAUUUAAUAAAAAUUGGAAUAUAUUCUUUUGGUUCAUGCCCUAAUUUAAAGGAAAUCGAUCUCACAAAUACACAAUUAAAAGAAAUCGAUGAUUUUUGCUUCCAUGAUUGCAGAUUUCUAAGCAAAAUUAUUUUACCAAAUACAUUAAAAUAUAUUGGAUAUGGAUCAUUUAAAGAUUGUUGUAGUUUAAGUCAUAUUAAUUUUCCUGAAUCUCUCCAAGUAAUAAAUCAUUCUGCAUUUUAUAAUUGCAAUAAGUUAUCUAGAAUUGAUUUACCAAAGUCAUUAGAAAUUCUCGGAAACAAUUCAUUUAAUAGUUGUAUGCAAGUGAAAGAAAUAAUUCUUCAUGAGAAUCUACAUACAAUUGGUUCAAUGGCAUUUGGAAGUUUAUUUUCUUUGCAAAAAAUCACAAUUUGUAUGAAUUGUAAUGCGACAAUGGCUCAAGAUGUGUUUGACAAACUUUAUCAUUUGCAAGAAUUAGUUUUUUGUUCAAAUAAUUAUGAAAUACUGAAAUAUGUAGGCGAUUCUAAUAUUUACAAUGUUACGUUUGACUCAGACUUAGUAACUGAAUUACCUUCUCUAUAUUCAUGUCAACAUUUGAGAAACUUGACAAUACAUGAUCAUAAUAGAUCUAUUUCAAUUCCAAGUCAAUUCGUUCGAAGUCAAGAUCUCCAUAUCCAUAUAUAUUCGAACAUUGCAUCUAUUGAAAAAGAUUCAUUUACAAACGCGAAAAUCAAAGAAUUUAUUUACUGCGGAAAUACGACAGUUGAUGGCGAUUCCCUUAAAAACUUAUUGUCAUUCGAUUCAGUUCAGUGUUCUCUUAUUUACCCUAAAAACAAAUUUGGUGGUAAAAAGAUCACACGUAAAUCAGGUAUUUGCCCAGUUUAUAAAAAAGGCCUUAGUCUUACUAUUAAGAUAAUCAUCGGAACAACGGUCGGAAUCGUUGUUAUCUCAAUUGUUGUUAUAUUAACUUGCUUCUAUAAGAUCCGAAAAGAUCAGAAAACUAUAAAAUCCAAAAUGAUGCUACAGAAACUUGUUCUGGAUGAGUUUGGUUAA